AUGGCAAAGAGGCAAAUACUAGAUUCUGCCCAAACCAACCAACCAAAAUAUCAAACAAUGCUCAACUCAAACCCAGGGAUACUCCUAAACCCUAAACCCNAAUCUGCCACUGCAAUUCAAGUUGUUAACAAAGAGGUUCCAACUCCUCCAAUUAUCGAUAAUACUCCCAAACCAGUUCAUAAUGCUCCUCCUAAGGUGUCCAGUAACUUUGAUAGACCAAACAUAAGUACAAAUCAUCAAAGAAAUAAUGCCAACCCUUCUGAACCAAUACAAACCAAUCAGCCUAAUCAGCCUAGUCAAGCCAAUGUUGCUAACCUUCCACAUAAUACUGCACCAAAUAAAACCAAAGCGCCUAUAUCACAACACCCCCCUCCACCACCAAUUGUGACCCACUCAUAUUCCACCAGGAUGAGGGCCAGACAAAAUGUAGAAAUAGCCCCAAUAGAAUUCACUCCUCCCAUCAUUACCACCAAACAAGGUAAACCGAAGCCCACAGAAGAGGCAGAAACAAGUAGAAAACAUCAAAAUAGUACACUGCAAGAAGCACCAAAAAGAGGAGGGCAAGAACAAAAUAACAACAAAAAGGCAGCAGAACACCAACAAGAUAAGCACCACCAAAAUGAUGUAACAGAUCUCCCAAAAGAUGACUGGCAAACACAAAAGAGGAAAAACUUUAAAGGUAAUUCCCAAAGCAAGAAACAACAGCAGAUGUAUAAACCAAGACAACAGAAUAAUCAACAAGCUAAUGUUGUGAAUGAAUCUGGGAUCCAGAAUCAUGCUGCCCACUCCCCAUCCCCAAACAUCAAUAUUUCUAUUAAAGAAGCACAAGGAGGACUGGAGAAAUGUCAGGAGAAACAUAUAGAAGCCAAGGAAGGGGCACCAUCAGGGGAGGGGAUUCCUCAUGUUUUGUAUGAGUGUGCUAGUGCACAAUUGACUAACCAUAGGAUGGACUGUCCAACCCCUAUUACCACUGCCCUGAUCUCUGGCAAUAAGCAGCUACACCAAAAUGCUGAUGAAGAUGAACAUUGUGAAAUGAUCAGCUCUGAUGAGGAACAAUAUGUGCAGGAGAAUGAGAAAAUAAUAAGUCGGUUGAAAGGAAAAGCCUAUGAACCUGCAGAUUUCAGUAUCCAGACUCUCAAAUCCAAAAAUAAGCCUAGCCAAAAGAAGAGGAACUCUAUGAGGAAACAAAAUGCAGGAAUCAACAUCAAUGAACCUAAUGAUAACAUGCACCCAAAUACCACCAACACCCAAGGAGUUGCUGUUAAGUCACAAGUAACACCUACUCCUAUUCCUAGAGACCCUGUUAUGCUCCAACUCCUAAAUAUGCCAAUGAACCAAUCUUGCCAGGAGAUACCAUCUCAAAAUUGUCUGGACUCCCCAAAGUCAACAGCAGCAAUAAGAUUUGAUAAGCAAGUAUGGAGUGAGACCUGCGAGGAAUCAAACCUCAGGGCAGAUGUAAUGGAAAGUUUGCCAGCUACAGAGCAGAUCCAUAAAAAUCAAGCAGACAACCCACAUCAUUCCUUAGCCUCAGACCUUCAAACCACUGAUACAGGGCAGAAUCAACAAAACAAUUACAUCACACUGUUAGAGCACAUAUCCGGGCAGCAGGAAAAUCUUUUUACUGCAGAAGCAUCAAAAGACACAAUGAUCUAUCACCUACAAAUAGAGAGUGAUGUGAUUACAAAACUGGGGGAACAACAGAUGAGGAUCACAGUGGUGGAGAAGUCCAUGCCAAGUACAUGUGCCUCAACUACUAGAUCACCAAUUCAGAUCCAAUUAAAUGUGCCAUUGAUACCUCCACACCCGGUAUUACAUGACAUCAUUAUACACAAGGAUUUCCCUAUUGAGAUUCAACAAACUCUACUUGAUGAAGACAAUCAUCUGGAACAUAAGAUCUGUUAA